UGGCGUCUGUGUGUAGUCACGUGGAGACGGUAGUCCACCUCGGUUCUGUCCAAACAGAACGUGAGCGUUUAGCAGUCUGUCUGUCUGAGCGCCGCUCGGUGCUAAAGUGAUUCAUGUUGUUUUUUUAGCCACACGUCCCUUUAAACUAGACUAUUUCAUCGAAUAAUGAGUGAUAACGAUGAUAUCGAAGUCGAUAGUGACGAAGACUCACCGAGAUAUCACUGUGUGGCAGACAAAAGGGCACACCACAAUGCACUGGAGCGCAAACGUAGAGACCACAUCAAAGACAGCUUUCACAGCCUUCGGGACUCUGUCCCCGCCCUGCAGGGAGAAAAGGUUGGUAAAGCUCAGCCUGCAAGUCCUCCAGGCACACGAUGUUCAGGCUCUCAUCAGUCUGCCAAACAGGCGUCUCGGGCUCAGAUCCUAGACAAAGCCACAGAGUACAUCCAAUACAUGCGGCGAAAAAAUCACACGCACCAGCAGGACAUCGACGACCUGAAAAGGCAGAACGCUCUGCUGGAGCAGCAAGUGCGUGCUCUGGAGAAGGUGAAGGGCUCAGCGCAGCUCCAGGCUAGCUACUCGUCGUCUGACAGCAGCCUGUACACCAACCCCAAAGGCAGCGCCGUGUCGGCGUUCGACGGAGGCUCGGACUCCAGCUCCGAGUCGGAGGCCGAGGAGCCGCCCAACAGGAAGAAGCUGCGUGUGGAGGCCAGCUAGAGGGAGGAGCCAUCGACACACGGUGGAGGCGGCGGUGCACAGAGGAGAGGAGGUGCAGCCUUCAAAGCUCUCGAGGCUCACCCCCCCCCCCCCCCCUCUGGCCAACAACAAGCCUCCCUCACCGUCCUUCUCCCCCCCUUCCCCUCCAUCUGUGGGUGGGCUCGCACUGGAGACUCGUGACCCCGCUGACCUCCUCACACCGCCGCAAGUCUCUCUCCUUCCACCCGAUCUUCAGGAGGCAGGAAGUCCGCCGGGUGGAGGGCGACUGCUUCAGUUCAUGCAGAGAGCAUCAGGUUUUUCCCCCUCCCCCUCCCUCUCUACUCUUUGGUUCGUUGGUAUCUCCCCCCUCCCCUCCCCUGCAACAUCUACAAUCCAAAACCCAAAAAGAGGCAGCUUGGCUACUUAAGGAUUUGAUGCUUUUUUGGUACCCUCAAUAAGCCCCCCCUCCUCCCCGGGGUGUGUUUUUUUGGGUGGUUGAGGGGAGCACCUGGCGUACUCAGCACUGCUAUAUUAUAUAUUUUUUAGUUUUUCUUUUUGUUAUUCUUGAGGGAAAAAUAAACAACCUGUUUAGAAUUUACACACACACACACACACACACACACACACACACACACACACACACACACACACACACACACACACACACACACACACACGUGUUGUCACGAUACCAACAUUUUUUGAUACUUUUCUUAAAAAAGGGGAAACCAUCUUAAAUGUCAUUAUUCUGCUUUAUUUCAGACCUUGAAAUAAAAGUCAGUCAAACAACCUACUAUGAACUACAUUAUUCAGAAUUGACAUUAACUUUGGAUAAUAACGCGGGAGAAAUAAAUGGAGUACUUCUUUUCCCCUCUCCCUCUCUCCCUCUCCUGACAGCCAGUCGUAUCCGUCUCAUGCAGCUCAAUGAUCCAGUAAUGAGAGACCCGACAGUGAAGAAUAAACAUAUAUAUAGCUAGUUUAGCUAGUUCCAGAUGUGGAUAAGAUAGUUAAGUGUGUUAAGUCUUUAACUUGAAGAACGUGCACCGGUCCCAUCACAACGGGCGGAGCUGCAGCGGUGAUCCUGUAGAGCUGCGUGUUCUCCCUCAGCAGAGAUGUCCCCAAAAUAUUUCCAAAUUUCGUUUCUUGCGUCUUUUUUGCGCAUCGGCAAUACCACUCGCACUUGCAGCCAUGCUCUGGUUUUGUCACGUGAUAUGACCGCUACUGCGUGCAGGGAGUGGAAGCAGAGCGCUGAACACACACACAGGACACACGGCUCUAAAACAAUGUCAUUCUGAAAGCACCGAUUGUAAUGGAAUGGGGGAAUUGUUGCGUUUUUAACGGCAGGGUAUACCGCGUAUGUCGCAAUACCUUUCUACUUUCGCUGCACCGUGCAACACACACACACACACACACACACACACACACACAGAUAAAUUGUCCCAGAGAAAUUUACCUUUUUCAAAUAAAAACUGAAACAUUUGUAGCUUGCUUUUUUUCCACUAAAGAAUGUGAAGACGCUCUGAAGCAGACGUAAGUGAAACCCACCUCAGGCCCGCCAGAUCGCAGAGGACUUCUGCCUCACAAAUUAAACACAAAAUAAAAAAAAAAUCCAACAUGACUCCUUUGUUGAAAUAGAUGUUUUGAAGGAGAAUAUUCCUAAACUUGUAUCGUAUUUUGUCCUUUAGCUUGAAGUAGUGAAUGACUUUAGGUGGCUGAAUACGUUAGGCAUCUCGUUUUAUAUAUUAAAAAGCAUUGAUUGGAUGUUUUCCAGUUCUAAAGUAUGUUAUGCAUUUAGUAGUAAUCUCACGAGUCAUGGGGAAAUGCCAAUUUGUCACAUGUAGUUUUCCUUAAGGGUUUGAAAUAGAUAUUGAAUGUCAAAAGGUAGCUCCAGUCUUUUGCAGUACAAGGAAGCCAAUAAAUUCCCUGUCAAUGUGUUGUGCUUUACACGGUAAAAAAAAAAAUCAAUGUUGCUGAAUCUCCCCCCCCCUACCCCCCCACCCCCACCAACAAGGAAAAAAAGGAAGCAUUUUGCGUGUCUAGGAAACGUGUGUGUAUUGUUUCCAUUUGAUUUCCAGUUCAGAGGGUAUAAUUAGUGUAAUUAUAGGUUUGUUUGUCCGAUUCCAUUCCAUGGAAAUUACAAGUAUGUUGUACAUACUGCCAACAAUUGUCUUGCAAGUUGAGGCCUACCUUUACUAUGAGACUAUGAAAUAAACUAUUUUAUCCUUU